CUUCAAGAUGAUCAGUCGGCUUCCGACGGACGCACUAUCAGGGGCUGGACGUCCAUGCAACACCUGCCUACUAUAAAGUAGGCUAGGCCCUCUCUAUCUCGAGAAUGGGAAUUCAGAUUGCAAGAGUGCUAGGCUAUUUUGCCUUAAGAUAGAUAUCCUGUGACAUGAGACCGGCUUUCUUCCUGGCCGCCCUGGCCUCUGUGGCUGGCACGCAUGCCGAAGCCGAGCCCGAUUUGGCUGGCAUCUGGGACGAUUUCAAGGGAAUAGUGACCUGCGCUGGUUGUGAGGGCCUCCUGGGCGCGCUCAAACUAGUAGCCGGCUUCGGUCAGAAAGCCCUGGAAAACGUCGUAACUGACGCGUGUAAAUUGGCAGCGAUAGAGGAUGCCGAUGUCUGCGAGGGUGCGAUCAGAGAAGAAGGUACAGCCGUCUAUUACGCUUUGAAGAAUCUCAAGCUCGGCUCGCACACCUCGAAAACCUUCUGCGCAAGUAUUGUCGGCCUCUGCGACUACCCCGAGCCUCGGCCGUACAGCCUCACGUUGCCUGUGGCCAAGGCCCCGGUCACUCGUCCGCCUCCGAGUGGCCAGGCUCCGAUCCGCGUCGCACACAUUAGUGACACUCACGUCGAUUUGCAGUACACCCCCGGAGCCAAUGCAGAAUGCUCCAAGCCUAUCUGCUGUCGUAGCUUCACUCCAGAGGACGCCCCAGGUAACACCUCAACCCCGUGCGGAAUCUGGGGUGAUCAUAAGUGCGACCCUCCAGUUCGUCUUGAGGACUCUAUGAUGGACGCCAUCACGGCUCUCAACCCGGAUUUUUCCCUCUACACAGGCGACGUUCCACCACAUGAUAUCUGGCUCGAGACCAAAAACUCUGUUCUCCAAAGCUUCAAUUCCACCUACGGCAACCUGGGGAAGCUGGGGCUCGUCUACGCUGCCCUAGGCAACCAUGACGCUGCCCCGGUCAACCUCUUUCCUUCGGACAAAAUCCCAUCUGAGCACAACCCACAGUGGGCCUACGACGCUCUCGCCAGCGACUGGUCCAGCCUCAUCCAGAGCUCCCCCGCCAGCACCACCAAGCACGGGUCGUACUCUAUCAUCCACCCCGAUAGCAACCUCCGAAUCAUCUCCUACAACAGCAUUUUCUACUACAAGUACAACUUCUACGCCUUUCAAGAACCGAUGGAAUUCGACCCUAACAACCAACUCCAGUGGCUCAUCUCCGAACUGCAAGCCGCGGAAACCGCCGGCCAACGCGUCUGGAUGAUCGCCCACAUCCCCAGCGGCAACACCGACACCCUGCACGACUACUCGCACUACCUCGACCAGAUCAUCAACCGCUACAGCGGAAGCAUCGCCGCCCUCUUCUUCGGCCAUACGCACACCGAUCUCUUCCAAAUCUCGUACACCAAUUACACCGCCCGCACUGCCGACUCGGCCAGCGCAAUCGGCUACGUCACCGCCUCCAUGACCCCAGACUCAGGCGCCCCGUCCUUCCGCAUCUACGACAUCGACCCUGUCACCUUCGCCGUCCUGGACUACACCGUCUACACGGCCGACCUCAGCAGCACCAACAGCCCUAGCACCCCGCCCAAAUGGGGCAAGUACUACUCCGCCAAAGAGGCGUACGGCUCCCUCCUCACCCCGCCGGUCACAGACCCAGCCGUCGAGAUGACCCCGUCCUUCUGGCAUAACGUAACUGCUCUCAUGGAGAAGGACGACUCGGUGUUCCAGGCGUGGUGGUCGCGUACCACCAGAGAGCACGAUGUCAAGGAGUGCAAGGGGGAGUGUGCGACGAAUAAGAUCUGUUCGCUGCGCGGCGGAGACGCACAAUUUAACUGCGAGGGAGCGGGGACGCCAUUCCAGAUCACGAAGCGGAGUGACGGUGUUCAGGAGGUGCACGUGGACCGACCGUUCUGUGAGGAUGCGGUGUUGGCCAGGAUCGUGGGAGGGUUGGCUCGGAAGGGCGUCAAUGCGGAGGAGUAUAUUAAGGAGAGGGCGAAGCUUUAUGAGAAGGUUUGAAUGAACUUGGGGGAGGUUUGGUUUAUUCUGUGACGUUGGUGAAGAUAACUUGGUGUAUAUACUUUUCAAGCGUCUAAUGGUUUCUCUUGGGAGACGUUGACUAUUGAACUUAAUAUGGAAAUGAUUGACCAGUACUCCGUACUAAGGCACAAGUUUCGGAGUAUAUAACAAGAGAUCAUGUGAGACCCAGCUGUCUCUGUAUUACUUACUGGUUCGAGUAGUAGACAGGAAUACGAGUCUACGGGAGAAGAUAUACCAUGCGCGUGAACUUUGAGAGAAUAAACUUUUUUAUCAUUUCCCCCUAAUCAAUGCUACCUAGCCCUGAUCAGAUAGAAUACCCGAUUCCGUCCAAUCUGCAAUGCGCCCGUC